GCAGCCAGCAGCUUCCCCUUUUCUGCCCUGCUCCAGGCACCAGGCUCUUUCCCCUUCAGUGCCUCAGAGGAGGGGACGGCAGCACCAUGGACCCCCGCUUGUCCGCCGUCCGCCAGACCUGCUGCUGCUUCAAUGUCCGCAUCGCCACCACCGCCCUGGCCAUCUACCAUGUGAUCAUGAGCGUCUUGUUGUUCAUCGAGCACUCGGUAGAGGUGGCCCAUGGCAAGGCGUCCUGCAAGCUCUCCCAGAUGGGCUACCUCAGGAUCGCCGACCUGAUCUCCAGCUUCCUGCUCAUCGCCAUGCUCUUCAUCAUCAGCCUGAGCCUGCUGAUCGGCGUAGUCAAGAACCGGGAGAAAUACCUGCUGCCCUUCCUGUCCUUGCAAGUCAUGGACUAUCUCCUGUGCCUGCUCACCCUGCUGGGCUCCUACAUUGAGCUGCCCGCCUACCUCAAGUUGGCCUCCCGGAGCCGUGCUAGCCCCUCCAAGUUCCCCCUGAUGACGCUGCAGCUGCUGGACUUCUGCCUGAGCAUCCUGACCCUCUGCAGCUCCUAUAUGGAAGUGCCCACCUAUCUCAACUUCAAGUCCAUGAACCACAUGAAUUACCUCCCCAGCCAGGAGGAUAUGCCUCAUAACCAGUUCAUCAAGAUGAUGAUCAUCUUUUCCAUUGCCUUCAUCACUGUCCUUAUCUUCAAGGUCUACAUGUUCAAGUGCGUGUGGCGGUGCUACAGGUUCAUCAAGUGCAUGAACUCGGCGGAGGAGAAGAGAAACUCCAAGAUGCUCCGGAAGGUGGUCCUGCCAUCCUACGAGGAAGCCCUGUCUUUGCCAUCGAAGACCCCAGAGGGGGGCCCAGCACCACCCCCAUACUCAGAGGUGUGACCCUCGCCAGGCCCCAGCCCCAGUGCUGGGAGGGGUGGAGCUGCCUCAUAAUCUGCUUUUUUGCUUUGGUGGCCCCUGUGGCCUGGGUGGACCCUCCCGCCCCUCCCUGGCAGGACAAUCUGCUUGUGUCUCCCUCACUGGCCUGCUCCUCCUGCAGGGCCUGUGAGCUGCUCACAACUGGGUCAACGCUUUAGGCUGAAUCACUCCUCGGGUCUCUCAAUAAUUCAGCCCAACAAUGCUUGGUUUAUUUCAAUCAGCUCCAAUACUUGUUUAGACGAUUGGUCAUUCUAAAGUUGGUGAGUUUGUCGAGCAACUAUUGACUUGUUCAGUUCAGCCAAGCAACUGACAAAUCAAAAACCCACUUGUCAGUUCAGUAAAAUAAUUUGGUCAAACAACAGUCUAUUGCAUUGAUUUAUAAAUAGUUGUCAGUUCACAUAGCAAUUUAAUCAAGUAAUCAUCAAUUAGUUAUCCCCUAUAUAUAAAUAUAUAUGUAAUCAAUUUCUUCAAAUAGCUUGCUUACAUGAUAAUCAAUUAGCCAACCAUGAGUCAUUUAGAAUAGUGAUAAAUAGAAUACACAGAAUAGUGAUGAAAUUCAAUUUAAAAAAUCAAGUUAGCCUCCAAACCAUUUAAUUCAAAUGAACCCAUCAACUGGAUGUCAACUCUGGCGAAUGUAGGACCUCUGAGUGGCUGUAUAAUUGUUAAUUCAAAUGAAAUUCAUUUAAACAGUUGACAAACUGUCAUUCAACAAUUAGCUCCAGGAAAUAACAGUUAUUUCAUCAUAAAACAGUCCCUUCAAACACACAAUUGUUCUGCUGAAGAGUUCUCAUCAACAGUCCAAUGCUCACCUAUUCAGUUGCUCUGUGGUCAGUGUUGCCACAUAGCAGUGGAUUCCAUGAAAGGAGUCAGCUCAAUCACAGUCAUUUUAGUGAUGAGCUGCCAGUCCAUUCCUAGGCCAGGCUGUCGCUGGCCAUCCAUUCAGUCGAUUCAGUCAUAGGCGAAUCAGUUCUGCCCGAGGCUUGUGGUCAAGCAAAAAUUCAGCCCAGAAAUCAGGCACAUCUGUUCGUUGGACUAAACCCACAGGUUAGUUCAGUCAAAGCAGGCAACCCCCUUGUGGGCACAGACCCUGCCACUGGGGUCGUGGCGGUUGUGGCAGCCAGGGAGGUUUGGCCCCAGCAGCCCUCCUGUGCCUGCUUCCCUGUGUGUCGGGGUCUUCCAGGGAGCUGACCCAGAGGUGGAGACCAUGGAGGCAGGGUCUCUGGGGACUGUCGGGGGGUACAGAGGGAGAAGGCUCUGCAAGAGCUCCCUGGCAAUACCCCCUUGUGUAAUUGCUUUGUGUGUGACAGGGAGGAAGUUUCAAUAAAGCAGCAACAGGCUUCUC